AUGCCCUCCCUAUCAAUCCAUAUCCUGUCUAUAGCCCUGUGUCUAUCAUCAGGCUUCCAGCAAGGAUACAUUGCCUCAGUGCUUAAUCAACCAUAUGCUCAAAUUGAACAGUUUAUCAACUCGUCAUGGAUAGAACGGACCGGACAUCCUAUAUCGGAUUCCACUUUGCAUUUAUUGUGGUCACUUCUCAAUGUUUGCUUUCCAAUCGCCACUAUCUUUGGACAAUUUCUGGCCGGAUGGAUGUGUAGUCAAUUCGGAAGAAAGCACACGGCGCUUAUGGCGUCUUUUCUUUAUAUUCCUGGUGCUCUGCUUUGCGCUGCAGCCAAAUGGUGUUUCCCUGCCUUCGAACUUCUCUUCGUUGGUCGUAUCAUCUGGUCACUCGCUAACGGAGUCAAUACAGUAAACGCUACAGUAUGGAUAGUCGAAUGUGCACCACCACAAAUCCGUGGUCGAAUGGCUGCAAUGCAAGAGUUCUUCAUGGCUCUCGGUUCUCUGUUAACUCAAGCAGUCGGUGUUCCGUUCUCUACCGAUGAACUCUGGCCUUACAAUUUCCUUCCGAACUGUGCUGUUGUUGUCGUGUCAAUGGUGAUGUUCUCAUGGGUUGCCGAAUCACCACAAUUCAUUAUGGAGAAGUAUAAUGACGUGGAUCGUGCCAGAAAAGCGUUGGCUCAAUACCAUGGAGUAUCUGAAGACGAUCCAUCUGUGGAAUCAGAAAUUCGUAUUUGUGAGCAAAGUCUUGGAAAGAAUAAGGAGAAGAAGAAGACAGCAGGGGGUGGAAUCGAAACCAGCCAUACAGGAAUGGAAAUCAUGUUCAUGCCAUGGCGCGCCAAGGAUCAAACCUCCAGACUCAUCAGAUACUGUGCUUGGGUUGGAGUCAUGGUCAAGAUUGCGUACGUGUUCACUGGCGCCCGCUCCCUUCGUGGAUACAGUACAUUCAUCCUCUACACUCUCUCCAACUUCACCUAUUCUCAAGCAACGUGGCUCUCAUUCGCCACCGGACUUCUUCGUCUUCCAUUUACUCUCGUUCCAGUCUUUUUGGUUGAUCGUCUUGGUCGCCGUCCACUUAUUAUUGUUUCAAUGCUCGUCUCAUUCGUCUCGAUCUUGGUAAUGAUUGUUGCCAUUGAUAUCAACGGAGAAUGGAAGUACGCCACAUUCAUUGGACUUACCGUACUCCUUCUCAUCAAUACAUGCGGAAUUGGAUCAGUUUCAAGAUUCUAUGCAGCUGAAUUGGUGCCAAGAAACCUGCUUCUUUCCUCGGUCUCCACGUUGACAAUGUUCGAAGCUCUCACCAAAAUUGGUGUCGAGUUCGCAUUUUAUCCAACUGCUAAUGUGAUCGGAGCUCAAUCUCUUCUUCUUUUCCUCGUCCCAACCGGUAUCUUCACAGUAAUGUGCUAUCUCAUGUGCCCAGAAACAAGCCGUAUGACAGUAAACGAAGUGCUGAAUAACGUGGCAGCAAAGAAGAAAAUGGAUGUAGUUUUCCCAAUGUAA